AUGGGAUUCGGCUCCGCCUCGAUCUUCACGAAGAUCGCGUUGCUGCUCGCGGGGUUAGCUCUCCUCUUUCAUCUGAUCGGCUACUCAUCCAAUUCUUGGCAGAAGGCCGAGAGUUUUGGACAAACGAUUGCAGAGGAAGGGCUGUGGAAAACGUGCAAUUACGCCUUUAACCAAGGAUGUGUGGAUUACGACGUUGUGGGAACUUCUAAAAUAGCAGAUGAGAUGCGGACAGUGCGGGCCUUCACCACGAUCGCCCUUCUGCUGAUGAUCGCAGUCCCUGUCGCCAUCGUCCUCUCCAUGUUCAUAUCGCUCUUUCGUUCCAUGAUUUUCGUCAUCGCUCAAAUGGGUGCCGCCAUUGCUGCUGGCGUUCUCAUCAUCAUAGCCGUGAUAAUCUACGGGUCUGACUUAAUUCCUUCCAACACGGGGGUCCACGCUUCAUGGUCACUGGCUCUCUCUGUCGUCGGUGCCAUCUUUUCCAUAGCAACUGGCGGACUUCUUGUUCUCGGUGCUUUCCGUAACAAAUCAUCGGAAUAG